UUCAAAAACAAAUAAGAUAAUUUCAAGUAUGAUGGAUAGCUCUUGAUAUAAAUUUCGAUGCCCUAACAUAAAACAAAUAUUAAACCAAAUACAUUUCUAUGAGAAAAUCAUGAAAACAAUGUUGUCGUUGAUACAAAACAUUUACCAUCGCUUAAUUCGUGAAACGAUUAUUCCUUUAUUGCUUUUAAUCAUCUCACCGAAUGUAGCUAUUUUAUUACCAUACAUUGUCAUCUAUCGAAAAGCUGAAUUAAUCGAAACGUUCAAAAAACAUUCAGUAUGGAAUCUAACGAAACAUGUAUGGUCUUCAGUCGAUUUUUUUGAUGGCGAAUGUUGGUCAAUAGUUAUCAUCGCAUUAAUCUGGGCUUUACUUUCAUUGUUGAUAUUACCAGGGAAAAAAUAUUAUGGACCACCAACAAUAAAUAAUUAUCGUCCUCAAUAUUGGCAAACUGGAUUCAAAUUUUAUCUAAUUUCAAUGACCAUUACCAUACCGUUAAUAUGGCACUAUUCUGUAUUACAUUUGUAUUACAAAAUUCCCAAUCUUAUUGCCAUCCUAGUAGUUUUUGGUUUUGUAUUCUGUGUAUUUUUGUAUCUCAAAGGUUUGAUCGCACCGGAUCCUGGCUUGUACGAUAUGACUGGAAAUCCAAUAUUUGAUUUUUAUUGGGGAAUUGAAUUGUAUCCACAAUUGGGUGAAUAUAUUAGCCUUAAAGCUAUGAUUAAUUCUCGUUUCGGAUUAUGGAUAUGGCAAUUGAUUGUUUUGAUAUGCUGGAAAGCUCAUUAUGAACUCUACAAUAGUCAAUAUGGGAAAGGAAAUAUAAUUUUUCCAAUGACAACGACAACAUUGUUGACAACAAUUUAUCUAGCAAAAUUCUAUUAUUGGGAAGAUGGAUAUAUGCAGACUAUAGAUAUUUGUGUGGAUCGAUUUGGAUUUUAUAUAGCUUGGGGCUGUAUUGCGGCUGUACCUGGUUUUUUCACUUUGCCUAGUCUUUAUCUUGUCAAACAUUCACCUAAUAUGAAUUUUAUUGCCAUUAUCAAUCUAUUCAUCUUUAUAUUGGGUUUAUUUUCAAUAUUUGCAAAUUAUUAUACCGAUUAUCAACGACAAUUAGUCCGACAAACUGAUGGUGAUUGUUUGAUUUGGUCAAAAAAACCUGUUCUUAUCAGAGCUAAAUACAAGGAUUCAAAUAAUGUUGAACGAAAUUCCGUUCUAUUAGCAUCCGGAUCAUGGGGUAUGGCUCGUCAUUUAAACUAUCUAUUUGAAUUGUUAAUCGCAUUUGCUUUUGGUGCUCCAGCAUUGGCUACAAGUAUAAUACCGUAUCUAUAUUUUUUGUUCAUUUUCAUUCUCAUUAUUCAUCGAACCAUGCGAGAUGAUGAUAAAUGUUCAAAAAAAUAUGGACGUUAUUGGCAAGAAUAUUGCCAGCUGGUUCCAUAUAAAAUUGUGCCCUACAUAUUUUAGUUUUUUCUCACACACAUUCAAUACAAUUAUGUUUCCAUAGCAAUACCAAACAUAUAUGUGCACAUGAACAUUGACUAUAGUGAAGAAAAUAUCUAAUAUAAACAAAACGCACUUUUCAUUUCCGCACUUGAUGAUUUUUAUAAUCGUUUGAUAGAAUAAAAAAAUAAAAAUGGUAAUUCUGAUGAUGA